AUGUGUAAGUUUCGACAACAUACUAUGUUGCCCUGCAUGUUUGAAAUUCACGAUUUUUUUGGAGCUUAAAAAAUUUUUUUGUCAUCAUAUUUUUUCUGAUAUUAUCCUUGAGAUUAGUUAUUUUUUUGAAUGAAAUUUCAAUUUUUUUCUGGGAAAAUUUUGAAAUUUUUGGUCAAAAACGACAGGGUAUGCAUUGAUUUUAAUUUUUAUUUCCAGCUCGACCACCAGGAGUGCUUCCGAACAGGCCGGGCGAGCCGGAAUUCAAGAUCAAGGCCGAGCCCGAUGGGCCCAUCGAAUUCAAGAGCAACAAGAUCACCGAGGGACCCGUCGUGUACGAAAUGAAGCUCAGUAAUCCAACUGCCAAGCGUCAGACUUUCAAGGUAGCGGCUGGAGCGGGUCUUUGUGGUGUUAAAAAUGAGUUAAAAAUGGGAUUUUUUGUAAAAAAAUAUUUUUUUUGAGCAGAAAAAGCAAUUUUUUGCGUUUUUUUUGUCACCAAAGUUUUGUUACCUCCCAAUUCUCCUCCUCAUUUUCUCUCUUCUUUUCAGUGCAAAUGCACGUCGACCGAUUUCUUCCGUCUGAAUCCGCCCCUCGGCUUCAUCAGUCCCAACGAAACCGUCACGCUGAGAAUUUUCUUCCAGUCCAAGACCAUCCCCAAAGGCGUCCACUUCAUCGCCAUCUACCACAUGCCCAGCGACGAGACCGCGAAGCCGGUGCGCGAGAUUUGGAGCGCGGACGCGAAGCCGGAGGGUGUCCGCCGAUUCCGCUGCCAUUUCCUCAAGGAAGACGGCACUGCCCAUGAGCCUGAAGAAAAAGUCAAUAAAGAAUGA